GCCGGGCAGAGCGGGGCGGGUUGCGGGCAGGGCUGGGCGCUCCCGCUGGGCUCCGGCUGCCGCCGCCCGUGAGCGAGCCCUGCCGCUCCCCGCCCUGCCCCAGCCGUCCGUCCGUCCGUCCGUCCGUCCGGACACAGGGAAGGAGGCACCCAUCCAGCUGCAGCUCCACCCUCCCAGCACUGCCAGAUGUGCCUCCACGUUGUGCUGUGCCUGCAACCCACUCUGGAGAUCCUUCCCUGCCUCCUGCAUUGCUGACCACCAGCUCCACAGGAUCCCUGACCUGUCGCUGCGGGUCCUCCAUCGGCUCAUGCCGUGGACUGCUGGGCUCCCUGCCGUGCUCAGCAUGCUCUUUUCUGGUGUAGCCAGACCCUCCCAGGAAUCACUCUGGAGCUCAAGGCCGUCCUGUAGGGAAAUGGAGUCCAAGGUCUCCGAAGGUGGCCUCAACGUCACCCUCACCAUCCGGCUGCUGAUGCACGGCAAGGAAGUUGGAAGCAUCAUUGGGAAGAAAGGAGAGACCGUGAAGAAGAUGCGUGAGGAGAGUGGGGCAAGGAUCAACAUUUCAGAGGGGAACUGCCCUGAGCGGAUUGUGACGAUCACUGGCCCCACCGAUGCCAUCUUCAAGGCUUUUGCCAUGAUCGCCUACAAAUUUGAGGAGGACAUAACCAACUCCAUGAGCAACAGCACAGCUACCAGCAAACCUCCGGUGACACUGCGGCUGGUGGUGCCGGCGAGUCAGUGCGGCUCCCUCAUCGGCAAGGGCGGCUCCAAGAUCAAGGAAAUCCGAGAGUCCACAGGUGCACAGGUCCAAGUGGCGGGGGACAUGCUGCCCAACUCCACGGAGCGGGCGGUGACGAUCUCGGGAACACCUGACGCAAUUAUCCAGUGUGUCAAACAGAUCUGUGUGGUGAUGCUGGAGUCCCCACCAAAAGGUGCCACCAUUCCCUACCGCCCAAAGCCCGCCUCCACCCCUGUCAUUUUUGCAGGUGGUCAGGCCUAUACAAUUCAGGGACAAUACGCUAUUCCACACCCGGAUCAGUUGACCAAGCUCCACCAGUUGGCUAUGCAGCAAACCCCCUUUACUCCCCUUGGACAGACCACCCCCGCUUUCCCUGGAGAAAAGCUGCCCUUACAUUCCUCCGAAGAAGCUCAAAAUCUGAUGGGCCAGUCAUCAGGUUUGGAUGCCAGUCCCCCGGCCAGUACUCAUGAACUCACCAUUCCCAAUGAUCUAAUAGGCUGCAUAAUUGGACGCCAAGGGACCAAAAUCAAUGAAAUUCGGCAGAUGUCGGGAGCGCAGAUCAAAAUCGCCAAUGCCACAGAAGGGUCAUCGGAGCGCCAAAUCACCAUCACAGGAACCCCUGCAAACAUCAGCCUUGCGCAGUACCUCAUCAACGCCAGGCUGACGUCUGAGGUCACUGGAAUGGGCGCAAUCUAAUUUCCACCCACCAUCCUCCACUCCGCACCACCUGACCCUCUCCAGCCACCGGCACUCCACCCAGCCUGUACUGCCUGUACAUUUACUGUCUUCCCUUUGCCUCCACAGAUACUCUUUUCUUUACUAACAAAUACAUAUACACAUGUAUAAAUAUACAUGCACAUAUGCACGCACCAGAACGUUUCUUUACAAGCUCUUUACUCUGUGCUCCCGAGGCUGCUCCCAAACUCUUUGAUUAUGGUCCUUGUUUUCAGCGUUACAAUGUUAAUUCUUCAUCUGCUUUUUGGGGACGAGGGAGGGGGGGGGGUUGUUGGUUUUUUCUCUUACUGGCGACACUUCAGGAGCUGUCGGGGUCUCUAGUGUCGGUCUAGUGUAACUACCUACACACGUUUGAGUUGACAUUGGCGGUACUUUCUGUAGCCUAUGGACAUACGUGUUGCCACCCAGAGCUGUGCCUGCUUCAGAUGACUCAACUUUUCUCACCCUCCUUCCUUUGGUGCUUCCCCCUUGCUUGUCCUGGCUCGCCUUCUCCACCUCACGCCCCUGCCCUCAGGGGAAGGGUAUGCUUUUCACCGUGUUAUUUGGGAAGCAGAAGCCAAGCGCGGGUUCAACCCACAGGCUUCUCUCUUGGAACAUGGCAUGGUCCAGACAAGCCCUUUUUCCCACUAAACUAAGGGAAUCACACACACAAUACACACACACACAAAUGCUCAUGUUUUUUUAACUAAUGAGCACCUGGAAGUGGGAAGAACUCAGCUAUAUGGGAUUCACAGCCCCAGGGGCCUUUGAAAGCACUCUUUUGGCAAUCCCCCACAAGCAAAACCUUUAGAUGAUAGCUCAGGAAGCUCUGUGAGCCGGCUGUGUAUGUCAUUGUUUGUGUUCAAUAAAUGUCUGUGCAGCUCUGGUA